AUGACGUUUUUUCAGAUUCCGAUUCGUGUUGAAGCGUUGGACAGAGUCUACAACGAAUUCCUUGACCUGCAAACGGAGAUCGAAAAGUAUGAUGAUCCUGAGAAGUUUGAGGAUGAAACUGUUCGAUACUGUUCGGCUAAAGGUUUUUUAUUGAUGAAACGUUCCAUAGAUCACAACCAACCAGCAUUGAACACGUCUUUUACAGCCAAUCAUCCUCCAGCGAAUUUCCACCUGCGAUUACCCAAGAUUGACCUUCCAAAGUUUGACGGAGAUUUGUCUAGAUGGCUUUCCUUCCGUGAUACGUUUACAUCCAUGGUCCAUUCCAAUGCGGAUAUUCCGACAGUAGCGAAGAUGCAGUACCUCUUACAAUCACUGGAAGGAGAAGCUCAUAAGCCAUUCGAGUCAACCGAUAUAAGUGCGGAUAAUUACGCAUUAACUUGGGACGCUUUAUUGAAGCGUUACGACAAUAAACGUUAUUUGAAGCGUCAGCUAUUCCGAGCUUUGUAUGACCUCCCGCCACUCAACAAAGAGUCACCCCAAGAGCUGCAUGACCUGAUUGAUGACUACCAACGGCAUGUCAAGGUUUUAGCGAAGCUGAACGAACCAGUCAUCCACUGGGACACACCGUUAAUCAACCUGCUAAGCUACAAGCUGGAUUCAACAACCCUCCGAGCCUGGGAGGAGAAGACUAGUAGCGCUGAUGACAUCACUUACGAGGAGUUGGUUGAUUUCUUGUACCAGCGGGUCCGAAUGUUGAAGUCCGUCGUCACCGAUCUGCAGCAACGCUCCAAUCAAGUCGGCCAAGUCAAGGUGGCCGGUUCCACACCAAACCAGAAGAAGCCAUUCAAGAUGGUAUCCAAUUCCGCCACGACCGAAACUAAGAGUUUCAUUCCGCAUUGUAUUGCUUGUCCAGAAAACCAUUUGUUAUUCCAAUGUCCAGCAUUUUCCAAGAUGUCCGUUUGUCAACGCAGAGAACUGGUAUCCCAAAAACGCCUAUGCUGGAAUUGUUUCCGUUCUGGACACCAAAGUAGGAAUUGUACGUCCAAGUAUGAUUGCCGAAAUUGUCACCAGAGACACCACACGCUGCUGCACGAAUCUGCAGUCCCGAAGGUACAAUCCACUCCAGUUGUCAUGUCUGUGAGUUUGUCGGCACAGUCGUAUCAGUCCACUGUCCUAUUGGAAACGGUUAACCUCCUUGUCGUAGACCAGAAUGGCAAAGAGCAUCCUGCUCGCGCGCUCCUAGAUUCGGGAUCAAUAUGCAGUUUUAUUACGAAGAAAUUAUCCAAUGUACUCAACCUCCGCCGCACGAAAGUUGACAUUGCCGUGUCUGGAAUCGGUGAAGCAUCGAAGCAGAUCAAGCGCAAGUUGACUGCUACGAUUAAAUCCAAGUUGCUUUCGUAUAGUACAACUCUCGAUUUUCUGAUUUUGAAGAAACCCACAGUAUGCCUGCCAACUACGCCGAUUGAUAUUUCCUCGUGGCAGUUCCCUGAUGUUCCGUUAGCCGACCCACGAUUCCACAUUCCAGCCGACGUUGACAUGAUUGUCGGUGGAGAAGUAUAUUAUGACCUGCACACCGGUUGUAAGAUUUCCUGCGGCGAAGGAAAACCUGUAUUCGUCGAAACCUCGUUCGGAUGGACUGUUUCUGGGAAAGUAGUCAUCCAAUCACCCGAUGUUCCACGUGUUUGUCACCUCACCACUGUAGACCGAAACCUGGAACAAGCCCUCCAGAAGUUCUGGGAGCUAGAAGCUGUUGAACCCUGCUCCAUGUUAUCCGCUGAAGAAAAUUUCUGUGAAGAUCAAUAUGCCACUACCACCACUCGCGAUUCGUCGGGUCGUUACGUUGUGUCCUUGCCACUCACCCGCGAUCCGCUCGUCACUCUCGGCGAAUCACGUUCAAUCGCCGAGCGUCGCUUCUUGAACCUUGAAAAACGACUUGAGCGAGAUCCAACCACCAAAGCUGCCUACUGCCGCUUCAUGGAGGAAUACGAACGCCUAAACCACAUGAAGAAGCUCGUGGAUCCAGAAUCCAGCACCACUACGAAGGUUCGAGUUGUGUUCGAUGCAUCCUGCAAGACGUCUUCUGGAUUCUCUGUGAAUGACCUGCAACUAGUUGGACCCGUCGUUCAAGAUGAUCUGCUAUCGAUCCACAUCCGAUUCCGCAUCCACCAAAUUGCAUUCGUCGCCGACGUCGAAAAAAUGUAUCGACAGAUCCUAUUGCGUCAGCCGUUUCGUCGAUAUCAGCUCAUCCUCUGGCGUCCUAGUCCAAACCAGCCAAUUGCUACGUACGAACUGAACACUGUAACGUACGGUUUCGCGUCAUCACCAUUCUUAGCUACACGCACCCUUCAGAAAAUCGCGCAGGACGCAAGUGAUAUCCAUCCAGCCGCAUCCGCGGUAGCCCAGAAGGAUUUCUACGUGGAUGAUUUCCUGUCUGGUGCCGACACCGUUGAAUCCGCUAUCCAAAUACGCCAAGAAAUGACUGCCAUGCUUUCAGCAGCAGGUUUCCCGUUGAAGAAGUGGGCUUCAAACUUCAAACUUCAAACUUCACCAGAAGUCCUAGUUGAUAUUCCCGAAGAAGACCUAGCCUUUGCACCGUACCAUGAUCUCCAGGACGAUCAAUCCGUUUCCACACUCGGACUCAUCUGGGAACCGAGAAUCGACAUGAUGAGUUUCAAGGUUCAACUUCCACUGCCAGCAUCUGUUUUAACUAAGCGGAAGAUUAUGUCGUACGUGGCGCAGAUUUUUGACCCACUUGGCCUGGUGGGACCAAUCAUAGUCAUCGCCAAACUCUUCAUGCAGCGUCUAUGGGCAUUGAAAACCGAAGCUGGAGAUUCAUAUGAGUGGGAUCAUCCUCUUCCUCCACGUUUGCAAUCCAAGUGGAAGGAGUUCCACGAAACGUUAGAUACUAUCGCAUCUCUUCGAAUUCCACGCUGUGUAACCGUAGCAAACGCAACCUCAUUCCAACUCCAUUUCUUUUCCGAUGCCUCACAGAAGGCUUACGGAGCAUGUUGUUAUGUCCGCUCAGAAUCCGCUGGGGUUGUUCGUGUCCAAUUGCUGACUUCCAAGUCCAAAGUUGCACCGCUGGCCAAACAACAAACCAUCGCACGUCUGGAGUUAUGUGGGGCUGUACUCGCAUCCAAUCUCUAUAAAAAGGUGGCCCAUUCCAUUCCGAAACCUGCUGAAUUCUUCUGUUGGACAGAUUCGUCAACUGUAUUACAUUGGUUGAAGUCUUCGCCGUCCCGAUGGAAAACUUUCGUAGCUAAUCGGGUAGCUAUGAUUCAAGAAGCUACAGAAUCCUGCCACUGGAACCAUGUUUCCGGAACAUCCAAUCCAGCUGAUCCCCUCUCUCGUGGCGUCAAUCCAAUCGAUCUCAAACAACUUCCCAUUUGGUGGAACGGUCCGAACUGGUUAUCCCUGCCACCAUCCGAUUGGCCUGUUAACGAAAUGCCAUCCCUUGACCCACAUUGGAUGUCGGAGGCCAAAAACAACGUAACCAUGAUAGCCACACUCAAUUCCAACUUUUCCGAUAAAUUAUUCAGCCGAUACUCCUGCUUCAGCAAACUUCGUCGAUCUAUUGCAUACUGGAUGCGAUAUUUCCGUGCCCUGAAAGCCGCCGUCAAGAAGACCACCAUCGAACCUUUUGAGACCUUAACAACUGACGACCUCCGUGAUGCAGACAUCGCCCUUUCUCGGCUAGCCCAGCGCGAAUCAUUUCCAGAAGAAAUGUCCAAUCUUAUAUCCGGGGAACGUAUUCCUACAUCGUCAGCAUUGAAGUGGUUGCAACCGAAAGUCAGCAAGAAAGGUGUCAUCCGAGUUGGUGGAAGACUCGGCAACGCCCCCGUGUCCGAAGAUGUAAAGUUCCCAAUUGUCCUCUCGUCGAAGCACCGGUUAUCCGUCCUGCUAGCCAAGUACUACCACCAUAUGCUGCUCCAUGCCGGUCCCCAGUUGAUGCUUUCUUCGAUUCGCCAGAAAUUCUGGAUCAUCGGUGGCCGUAACUUAGUUCGCCGCACGUACCACCAAUGUCACACGUGCUUCCGCAACAAACCCACCCUGGUGCAGCAGAGUAUCGCCGACCUGCCUACAACAAGAGUGACUCCGACCAGACCAUUUGCCGUAUGCGGUAUUGAUUACUGCGGUCCCGUAUAUAUCAAAUCUCCGGUGCGUAACCGGACUCCAACUAAAGCGUACAUCGCAAUAUUUGUAUGCUUCGCUACACGUGCCGUCCAUAUCGAGCUUGUAUCUGAUAUGUCAACACCGGCUUUUAUGGCCGCUCUCCGCCGUUUCGUCGCCCGCCGUGGAAAGAUGAAGGAAAUCCACAGCGACAACGGCACCGCCUUCAAGGGCGCAGCAAACGAACUGCACAGACUCUACGCCAUGUUAAAAUCCAACCAAACCGAACGAAAGCAGAUCCUCGACUGGUGUGCAGAGAACGAGAUUAUCUGGCGUUUCAUCCCUCCGCGAGCACCACACUUUGGAGGGCUGUGGGAAGCAGCCGUUAAAUCAGCUAAGCAUCACCUGUUACGUGAAGCUACGAGGACAUACCUGGAAGUCUUAACUCCAGGACAUUUCCUGAUUGGAGCCAGUUUCCAAGCCGUUCCGGAAAACAACUUGUGCGACAUUCCGGAUAAUCGUCUGACGCACUUUGAGCUCGCUCAGAAGCGAUUCCAACGAAUCUGGUCCAGAUGGGCACCAGAAUACCUCCAGCAACUCCAGUCACGCGUUACAAGGUCCAAGCCACCAGUAACCAUCAAACCAGGUGCCGUCGUGGUAAUCAAAGACGACAAUCUACCACCAAUACAAUGGCCGCUCGGAAGGAUCACUAAGGUUCAUCCGGGCAAAGACGGAGUGACCUGUGGCGAAGAUUGCGCUAUUACCAACAGCAGAAAAUCAUCAUCCGGAUCCUGA